AUGCGGGAGAAGGGGAUUUUUCUUGGCGCCGGCGACGACGAUGAUGACAGUGGCGCCGCCGGUAUGGGAAUAGCGGCGCCACCGUGUCAGGCGACCACGCAGCACGUGAGCAGCACACCCAAGAGCAGUGCGGCGAUCUACGGCGGCCGGCCGGCCACGGCGAGUUCUAUGUCCCACUCCCAGGGAUUCCACCAGGGCAGCAGCGGCGUCUACGGCUUCUCCUCGGAUGGCUUCGACCGCCCGGGAUCCAGCCAGGACCACGACCAGCAGCAAGAGCAGCAGCACCACGUGGCGCAGCAGAGCCGACGCGACAAGAUGAGGGUCCAGGGCUUCGACCCGGCCGCCGCCGCUGCCCACGGGCUGCUCCCCAUCGAUGGCGACGAGCACGUCGAGCCCGGCGCCAUGUACGACCACGCCGCGGCCGCCGGCGCCUCCAACAUGCUCGCCGAGAUGUUCAACUUCUCCGCCCAGACGCCGUCGGGGCCAUCCGCCACCGAGCUGCUGGCCAGCCAGAUGAACGCCAACUACCGCUUCGGGUUCCGGCAGCAGGCGCCGGGAGCGGUAGUAGCCGGCUUGCCUGGCGACGGCGGUUGGUUCGGCAGCGGCGGGCCUGGCCGCGCUGGCGUGGUCCUCGGCGGGGCAAACUUAUUAGGUGAGACGUCCUCGCCGAAGCAACAAGGCGGCAUGGCGGGCCUCGCCACCGACCCGGCCGCCGCGAUGCAGCUCUUCUUGAUGAACCCUCAGCAGCAGCAACAGUCAAGGUCGUCGCCGACGUCGCCUCCGCCUUCGGACGCGCAGUCGGCUAUUCAGCACCACGAGGCGUUCCAGGCGUACGGCAACGCCGCGAGUUCGUUCGGCGGCGGCGGGGCCGGCGUGGUGGAAGGCCAGGGCCUCUCACUCUCUCUAUCGCCGUCGUUACAGCAGCUGGAGAUGGCGAAGCAGGCCGAGGAGCUAAGGGUGAGAGACGGCGUGCUCUACUUCAACCGACAGCAGCAGCAGCAGCAGCAGGCCCCGUCGGUGCAACAGCUCCCGAUGGCAUUGCACGGCCAGGUCGGCGCGAUGGGGCAGCAGCUCCACGUCGGAUACGGCCCCGCCGGGGUCGCCGGCGUGCUGCGCAACUCCAAGUACACGCGCGCGGCCCAGGAGCUCCUCGACGAGUUCUGCAGCGUGGGCCGCGGGCAGACGAUCAAGGGAGGCGGGCGCGGCGCCGGCGGCUCCUCAUCGAACCCUAACGCGAGCAAGGGCGGACCCUCCAGCUCCGGCGCCGGCCAGUCGCCAUCGUCGGCGUCCAGGGAGCCCCCGCAGCUGUCCCCCGCCGACCGGUUCGAGCAGCAGCGCAAGAAGGCCAAGCUCAUCUCCAUGCUCGACGAGGUGGAUCGGAGGUACAACCACUACUGCGACCAGAUGCAGAUGGUGGUGAACUUCUUCGACUCGGUGAUGGGGUUCGGGGCGGCGACGCCCUACACGGCGCUGGCGCAGAAGGCCAUGUCGCGGCACUUCCGGUGCCUCAAGGACGCCAUCGCCGCGCAGCUGCGGCACACCUGCGAGCUGCUGGGCGAGAAGGACGCCGGCACGAGCUCCGGGCUGACCAAGGGGGAGACACCGCGGCUCCGCGCCAUCGACCAGAGCCUCCGGCAGCAGCGCGCCUUCCACCACAUGGGCAUGAUGGAGCAGGAGGCGUGGCGGCCCCAGCGCGGCCUCCCCGAGCGCUCCGUCAGCAUCCUCCGCUCCUGGCUCUUCGAGCACUUCCUACACCCGUACCCAAGCGACGCCGAUAAGCACCUGUUGGCCAGGCAGACGGGGCUGUCCAGGAACCAGGUCUCGAAUUGGUUCAUCAACGCCCGCGUCCGGCUGUGGAAGCCCAUGAUCGAGGAGAUGUACCAGCAGGAGACGAAGGAGCUCGAGGGCUCCUCCGCCGGCGGCGGCGGAGGCGGGCCCGAGUCCGGCAACGACCCCUCUGGCGCCGACGACUUGCACUCCCCGACGACCACCGGAGCGCAUCAGCACCCGCAGCAGCAAGUAGUAAUGCAGCACGGCGACGGCAGGUACGGCCAACAAGAACACGGGAUGUCCGGCGUCCACCCCCAUAAGCUCGACCCCGGCGCGGGGCCCUCGGUGGCGGACGCCGCCUUCGUCGGCCUUGAUCCGGCGGAGCUCCUUGGCGGCGACGCGCACGUGGGUGCCGCGGACGACCUGUACGGGAGGUUCGAGCCCGGGGUGAGGAUGAGGUACGGGCCCGCCACGACCGGCUCGGUCUCCGGCAACGUGUCGCUUACGCUGGGCCUGCAGCACGCCGGCGCCGGCAACCAGGGGCCGGACGGCAGCGGCCGGUUCUCCUUGAGAGACUACAAUGGUUGUUGA